AUGCCGGAGUGCCGUGGCGUGGUUGGAGGCAUGGGCGGUGUCAAUGGAGGUGGUGAUGGUGUUGUCCACAUAAGGCAAGGAGGCAGCGCCUUAGGCGUAGGCCAGGCAUUGGGCACUUGUGCAAGAAGCACAUGCGAAGUGUUAAGUGACCUAGCCUCAAGUGGGCAGCUCUCUGGCAUUGGUGGAGGUCAGCUAAUAGGUGUGCCAAGUAGCAAAGGUAGUGUCUCGGGCUUUGCCUUUUGUCUUG